UUUCUUGUUUUAUACACUCCUCGCGAGUUUUCUCCCUUUAUGGAAUUCUCUUGACAGCAAGCAUGGCUUCCAAACAAGCAGGACAGGUUGACAUCGGUCAGUUACCAAUCCCUCAGUUAAAUCAGCUUGUACAGCAGUUAGAACAGGAAAUAGAGUUGUUCACAUCUUCACUGAAUCAGCUGAAGCUUGCUCAGCAGAAGUUUCUGGAAUCUCAGGAAUGUUUGAACAAAGUCAGUCCAGAGAACAACAGUAAAGACAUCCUGGUGCCUCUCACUAGUUCUAUGUAUGUUCCAGGGCAACUGAGUUUAUUUAUGUAUAAUUUAUUUCAUCUUUUACUCAUCGGUUCUAAUAAAACACAAAGGUAUUUGACUAAAGGAAAAGAAUACUUCAAAAGAAAAAUAGAUUAUGUCACAAAACAAAUGGAAAAGGUUCAACCUCUUCUGGCAGAAAAGUACAAAAUGAAACAAGUAACCAUGGAGAUUUUACAACUUAAAAUCCAGAACCAGAUACAAUCCCAGCAGGCCGCUGGUGCUGUUAAAUCCUGAGGGAAUGACGACAGACAACAGUAAACCAGGCAUAGACUGUUUACAGCCGAGUCAUUCACACUGAGGAAAUUCUGGCAAUAGUAACAUAUAUACAUUUGUGUGUUAAUUAAUGCUUACCAUUACAAACCUUUGUAGCAUAAUCUCUCACUGUAAAAUAAACAAUUGUUGUUUAUCAUUAUGUGAAUAAAUACAUGUAGUUGUCAUUAAA